ACGAAAAAUAAGUCUUAGCAUAAUAACUUAUUACUUCUAUUGCGUAAGUCGAUUAACAUUUAUUAUUUUAAUAGAUCUCAUACUCCUUGAAAUAAAAUGAAUUUAGUUGAAAGAAAUAGACAUCUGUUACUACCGAAUGGUUCAAUAUCUCCUUCCUUACAAAAUAAAAUUGUCAAAGAUAUUUACUCGAAACCAGAUGAUCGUCGCAGCUUCGACGUGAUCAAUAGUGUUUGCUUUGAAGGUACUCUACAUUCAAUUCAUGUUACCAUCUGUAAAGGUUUGACAACAGAUAUUAGUAAAUGCUCUUACGAUAGCAGCACAAAACGAUUCGAAAUUUCAUUCAGUGACCGAUUAAAAAUAUUAUUAGGUCCGGAAGAUUUUUUUUUGGCUUACAUACAUCAACUUCUCCACGCAUAUACGUACGUACGUUUACGUGUCGAAGACAUUGAUCAAGCAAGUGACCAUGGAUUAGAAUUUAAAUAUAAGCUGCAGAGAAUUCAACGCAUUUUCAGUGAAGUCUAUCUAGGGGAAUAUAAGGGUCUUGAAUGUUUAGCUGGUAAAAAAAAUGAAAAUGGUUAUUAUUGUGUAUAUUGUGUGUUACGCCCUGUCGGGUACAUUUCUACCGAUUUCCUAAACUCACUUUAUGCAGACACAAAUAAGAAUAUCGUUGAAAUUGUAAGUGAUGAACCUUUAGUGAUAAAUAAUCCGAGGGGUUCGACGUCCGGGACUACACAGAAAAAAACAGCACCGUUGAUAAAUGAGACAACACCAACAAAUGUCCAAUCGACGAACAAACAAACUGUACCUACAGGUAACACCAAAACCGCAUCGUCUUCCCAUGAAAAAUCAUCAGUCCCUACCAACAAAAUUGAUACGGUCAACCCAUCAAGUAAUCCUGCCAAUGUUCCAAAUAAGACAACACCGAAGAACGUGCAAUUGACGAAAAAACAAACUGUAACCGGUAACACCAAAACUGCAUCGUCUUCCGAUAAAAAGUCAUCGGUCCCUACCAACAAAAUUAACACCAUCAACUCACCUAGUAAUUUUGACAUUGUUUCAAAUAAGACAAUACCGACAAAUGUACAAAAUAAAAACAUUGCGUCAAGUAAACCGUUGCAAGGUAACUGCAAUACUGUAUCGAUUGCACAAAAAAAAGCAUUAGUUCCUGUCAAUAAAAAUAAUAUUGUCAGCUCAUCAAGUAAUUCUGCCAGUUUUCCGAUUACGACUACGCUGACAAAUAGCCAUGGAGAUAAAAUUGUGAGUAUCACUGCAACUAAGCAAAGCACUGUUAUAGUCAUUCAUCAAGAUUGAAUCUGCGUGUACUCAUGGGCAAAAAAAUAAUUAAAUUGAUAACAAAAUGAAAUUGUAUUCAAAUGCAAUUAUUAAAAAUGUAUUUUGCAUAGAAUUAAGCGUUAAG